AUUUAUAGGGUGUCAAUCCUGACUUAUCUUCAUUGAACUAGGCAGUAAUUUUCUAGGAACAAAGAAAAAAACUGCAGAAGCCUGGAUUUGGAGCAAGUGACCAAGGAGGAAAUAGAAAACCCAGGCCCUGACACCUAAGUCCAAUACUUUCAGAAGAACACAUGGAAAAUAGGAACAAUGUGACUGAAUUUAUCCUCUUGGGGCUCACACAGAAUCCGGAGGGGCAAAAAGUUUUAUUUGUCACAUUCUUACUCAUCUAUAUUGUGACGAUAAUGGGCAACCUGCUUAUCAUAGUGACCAUCAUGACCAGCCAGUCCCUGGGUUCUCCCAUGUACUUUUUUCUGGCUUCUUUAUCAUUUAUUGAUACUGUCUAUUCUACUGCCAUUGCUCCCAAAAUGAUUGUCGACUUGCUCUCUGAGAAAAAGACCAUUUCCUUUCAGGGUUGUAUGACUCAACUUUUUAUGGAUCAUUUAUUUGCUGGUGCUGAAGUCAUUCUCCUGGUGGUGAUGGCCUAUGACCGAUAUGUGGCCAUCUGUAAGCCUCUUCAUUAUUUGAUCAUCAUGAAUCGUCGAGUCUGUGUUCUCAUGCUGUUAGUUGCCUGGAUUGGAGGUUUUCUUCACUCAUUGAUUCAAUUUCUCUUUAUUUAUCAGCUCCCUUUCUGUGGCCCCAAUGUCAUUGACAACUUCCUGUGUGAUUUGUAUCCCUUACUGAAACUUGCUUGCACCAAUACCUAUGUCAUUGGACUUUCUAUGAUAGCAAAUGGAGGAGCAAUUUGUACCAUCACCUUCUUCACUCUCCUGCUUUCCUAUGGGGUCAUAUUACACUCUCUUAAGACUCAGAGUUUGGAAGGGAAACACAAAGCUUUCUACACCUGUGCAUCCCACAUCACUGUGGUCAUUUUAUUCUUUGUCCCAUGUAUCUUCUUGUUUGCAAGGCCCAAUUCCACCUUUCCCAUUGAUAAAUCCAUGACUGUGGUUUUAACUUUUAUAACUCCGAUGUUGAACCCACUAAUCUAUACCCUGAGGAAUGCAGAAAUGAAAAGUGCCAUGAAGAAACUUUGGAGUAAAAAAGGAAACUUAGCUGGGAGAGGGCUGUAUCCCUUAUGAGAAUGUGACAUUCAUUCUUUCACAGAAGCAAGGACUAAUUUCACUGUCCUACAUGAUUACAUUUUGGUUAUCAUUCCCCUUUAGUUAUUUAGCUUACUUAUUCUGAAGCAGUCAUGUAAAAUAAUAUUUAAACGCAAUGUUACACCCAUUACAGACCAAGAGAAUUGCAUAAGUUUAACAGUGUAUACUGUUUUUGUAGUCAUAUUGUGUUAAGAUUCUUUGGUAGAUAACAAUAUUUAGUUUUAUUUCAAGCUCUUUUUUAUUUUAAAAAUCAUUUAUUUAUUUUUCUUUUUUAUUUUAAAUUGAUAAUAAUUGGGUAUAUUUAUGAAGUACAAUGUGAUGGUUUGAUCUAUGUAUACAUUACAGAAAAAUUUAAUCAGUCUAAUGAAUACAUCACUUCUCCAAUAUCUUUUUUUUUUGUGGUGACAUCAAAAAUCUAUUCUUGUUUAUGGGCUAUGAUACCUUCCUGGUGCAUAUAAAUGUGACCUAUGAAAAUUUGUUCCCUUUAGUCCAAAAGAAUAAUAUUUUAAACUUGAAAAUUCAGAUUGUUAACAGAAUGUUAAUCUAACAGUAAAAAUAAAUGUCUUGGUCAAAUUAAUGAAUUGAAAGUUUCAUAGGUAUAUUGAUAGCUGAAGCCAAAUCUAUGAGAAAUAAACUUUGUUAAUUUUGUACUGUGACAGAGUUAAGAUGUCCAGAUAGCAUAUAGUUGAUUUUGUAUAUUUUGACCAACUUUUAGACAGAAAAAUUGUUCAAUCCCAUUCUGUAUAUCUAGGUCAAUUGGCCUCCUCCAAUGGUCGAAAUAUGUGUUUAAGUCACUCAUUUAUAACAGUGGAGCCCACAGAAUCUAUCUACAUUAAACUCUCAGAGUGCACAUAAAGAAAAAAAAAAACAAACGCAAUGAAUGUUAAACAUUUUGGGGAUAGAUUGAUUUGUUUUACACAAUAAAUGGCUUUCA